AUGGAAGCACCCAACCACACCUCUACUCGCCCUAUGACCUUCCUGCUGACUGGUAUCCCAGGGUUAGAAGCAGCACAUGUAUGGAUCUCCAUCCCCUUUGUCCUUAUGUACCUUCUGGCACUGGUGGGCAAUACUCUGGUGAUGGUGGUGGUAGCUGGGGACCGAAACCUCCAUAAGCCCAUGUACCUCUUCUUAGCCAUGUUGGCACUCAAUGAUAUCAUCCUCUGUACAGUCACUGUGCCCAAAAUGCUUGUUAUCUUCUGGAGGGGCCCAGCUAUCUCCACUUUUGCAGACUGCCUUACUCAAAUGUUCUUCGUUCAUGCUUUGUUCCUCUCAGAAUCAGCUGUGCUCCUUGCCAUGGCCUAUGACCGCUACGUUGCCAUCUGUACACCACUCCACUAUACUUCUCUACUGACUACAUCUAUCAUUGGAAAGUUAGGGCUGGCCCUGGUGUCCCGGAGUGUGAUUGUAGUCAUUCCUGGUGUUCUCCUUAUCCUUCAUCUGCCCUUUUGCCGGACCAAUGUCAUCCCUCACACUUACUGUGAGAACAUGGGCAUAGCCAAGCUGGCCUGUGCCAGUAUCACACUCAACAGCGUCUAUGGACUUACAGCAGCUUUUCUCACCACAGGGAUGGACUUCAUCCUCAUUGCUAUUUCAUAUGGGCUAAUCCUCCGAGCAGUGCUGGGACUGUCCUCACGUGAAGCCCGAGCAAAGGCCUUUGGGACAUGUGGGACACAUAUUUGUGUUAUCCUAGUUUUCUACACAUUGGCCUUCUUUUCUUUCUUCACCCACCGCUUUGGUCCCCAUGUUCCCCAUCAUGCCCAUAUCCUCUUGGCCAACCUUUAUCUGCUGGUGCCCCCUACAAUGAACCCCAUCAUCUAUGGGGUGAAGACCUCAGAGAUACGAGUGCGUGUACUAGGGCUUUUUCACCUGAUGAAGUCUUCUUAA